AAGCCCAAAUCCUAAACCCUUUUCCAUUUCCUUGGAACACUCUCAGCGUUCUCUCUCCUAUUCUUUCCAUUUUCAACUUCCCGAUCUCUUCUACAGCGUGUCUCCCGCCCAUCUGCUUCGUCUCCUACAGAUGUCAGAAAAUUGAUUGCACGGGACAUUAAUCUCAUCAGUUGGAACUCUUGAGUUUGCAUUUUACUUGGAGCUAUUGGCUUAAGGAUUGAUCGGCUCCUUGGCUUAUUGUUGGACUUUUAAGAAUUUUAUAGAAGGGACUGGACUGAAUCAAUUCCAUUGGGCAUUGGAUGAUGGCAAAUGAAGUCGGAUCUGAGUUUCUUGUUACCGGUCUUUCAGUUUUAUUAGGAUGAGCAGAUCAAACGGCUACACUUGUAUGUUAUGGCUACCCAGAUCUUCCGGAAACUCAGCCCUGCUGCUGCCAGAGAUGCCUUCACCUUUUCAAUCCUCUGCCGUACGAAAAUCACUUCAGCCCAAUACGUGGCCUCAAGAGCUCGAGAUCCCACCUUUGAGAAACUCAUGGAUAAAUACAAGAACUUCCUUAAAGUGAUAUCCAUACAAGACCUCAUUCUUGCCUCAAAUGCCAAACCACCCUCUAUCUCCCUGGAUUUCCUAAGCAGACUCUCCCAAAGGCUUCACCUAAAUCGUGGCCCGGCCACCUUUCUCCGCAACUACCCCCACAUUUUCCAUAUCUACAACCACCCCAUUAAGCUCCACCCCUUUUGCACACUAACCCCUGCUGCACUGAAAAUUAUCCAUCAAGAAGCUGAAGCUAUAGAAAAAUCUCUUCCAUCGGCUGUAACACGAUUGGUCAAGCUUCUGUCCAUGUCCCUAACCAAGAAGCUACCGCUUAGAGCUGUUUUCAAGGUAUGGAGAGAGUUGGGAUUGCCUGACAAUUUUGAAGACUCGAUUAUUUCUAGUAAUCCUGAAGUCUUUUCACUUGAGGAUGGGAAUGAGCCCAAUACUCAUUUUUUGGUUCUAAACGAUGGUGUAGCAUUUCGGGAUUGCUUGAUUCCUGCUGUUGAGAAAUGGAGAGUGGUGGAUUGUUGUAAAGAGGACUCUAGCAUGGACAGGACCGAGAUGAUGUAUAGCUUUAAGUAUGGAUUUCCACCCGGGAUGCGGUUGAAGAAGGAUUUCAAGGCUAAGGUUAAGGAGUGGCAAAAAUUACCUUAUGUUGGACCCUAUGAGGAGAUGGGGUUGGCGCAUACCAAGAUAAGUAAGAGCGGGGGGAUGAGAAUGGAGAAACGAGCUGUGGGGAUUGUGCACGAGUUCUUGAGCUUGACCGUGGAGAAGAUGGUGGAGGUGGAGAAAAUUAGCCAUUUUAGGAAGUGGUUUGGGAUUGAUUUAAAUGUAAGAGAUUUGUUCUUGGACCAUCCCGGGAUGUUCUAUUUGUCAACCAAAGGGAAGAGGCACACGGUAUUUUUGAGGGAAGCAUACGAAAGGGGACGCUUGGUUGUUCCAAAUCCAAUUUAUGACGCCCGAAUGAAUCUUCUUUAUCUUGUUCUUUUAGGUCGCCGCGGGAUAGAUGUAGGCUGUGAUGAUGGUAAGAAUGAAGACUCGGAGGUGGAAGAAACAUAAUGGUAGAUCUGUUUCUAUCCUGGAUUAGAGUUAUUAACGUUAUGAAUAGAAAUGACAUUAUGUGAUGAUUGUACCGGAGAGGCCGGAAUAAGAAGACAAUUAAUCAA